CACACACACACACACACACACACACACACACACACACACACACUCUCCUGGACAUUUAAGCCGCUGGAGUGAAGGGUAACGAGAGCACAGCAUCCUUCCCCCCUCCCCAUUGACCAUGCGACCAGCUUUCUUCUCACUCCUUCUCGCUGCCGUACAUGUGUCUGUGCUGGUGGAUUGUAGACCGAGGCCCCGGGACCCAGAGCGACCACCGGACCCUCGGCGGAGCGGCUCCCACGCGGGGCGACGCGCGGAUACACCCGCCGGUACGGGGCGAUUUAACUUGGAACCGAGUGGAUCAAUGAAAGGAGGCGUUCACAGGCACUUUCUAGUUGUUUUGCCAGUAAGAACAGACACAAGCGUCUUUGUGUCAAUAUUUGAUUUGAGAAGAAAGCGGUUCCUCUGCAUGGACUUCAAGGGAGAGCUGUACAUGUCAAGGCAAAGGGACAAAGGCGAGUGCCUCUUCCAGCGCGUCUGGGUAGAUGUGGCGAACCACCACGACGUGUUUUACUCUGCGAGCGGGGGCGAGCUGCUCAAACUGGAGGGAGCCGAGCGGCACCGGGAGCGGCCCGGACGCCCCCCCGCGGCGCCGAGGGAGAGGGUCCUGGGUCCCUCGGCGAGGAGACAGAGGAGGAGCGACGAGGUGAACCCCUCCGACCCGUUGAGAACGCACUCGCACCCCUCAGGCGCUGCCAAAGAUCAAAAGGACGCCGCGUCUCCGGGGCAGCCCGAGCAGGACCAGGCCGGUGCCGUGUCCAAAGAGACCAUCACCUCCUGCGACGACCCGCUGAGGGUCUUACAACCCAACGGGCCCGUCAGUCCUGUCAAGACUAACAUCGCAGACCGGGCAGAACAAGACUAAGAUGCUGAACUUGGGUUUAUUAAAUGAAUCAAUCAGGAGGGGGUGCUCGUUUUUGUUUGUUCUGACAACUCAUUGUAUGUUUGCAUGAUGGACGUCGGUACCUGUAGAUACCUCGUCAUGUGUGGGCAGCAGAACGUCAACGGACCUGUAAAAGGCUGUUUUUUUCCUUUUUAGGUCAAAUUAAAUAUUUUACAACGUCGGAGAAAAGAAAAGCAUUUUUAAAAAUCAUUAUAUAUCUUUUUCUUUUCUUCAGAAUUUGUCACUAUAUGGAACUAUUACACUAGGUAACGUACUCGUAAACCCUCUUACAUCACCGAGCUUCUGUUUGAACAGCAGACGGACGGUGAAGUUGGGCAACGCUCGACGCACUGAGGAGCGUUGGGUCGAGCGUCCUGCCGUCCUUUAACCUCUGUCCUUUAACCCCAGUCCUUUAACCUCUGUCGUCGGUUAAAUUUUAAACCCUGGAUCAGAUGUGGCAAUGUUUAUUUUGCGUAUGUUAUAAAAAAAAAAUGCAUAAUCUUUAAGUAUCUCUGAAUAUUUAUACAUAAAUCUGAUGGAAAACAGAAACAAAACAAAAAAAUCAACCAGUGCAUACUGUUGUUGCUGGGAAGAAACAAAACAAACUGCUAUUUGCAGCCACUAAUUUACAGGGUCCAAUUAUUUCAGGUGCCGGACACCAAUAACCUCAACAGCAAUAAAAAAGUUUUUAUUUAUUGAAAUGUGUUCAAUGCUUCCUGGUCUACUGUUAUAUUAUUUAUAUAUUUCAUGUUGUGUGUUUUUUUCCCCUGAUAUGGUCAAAUAAAUGGUUACUAUUC